UGAAUAUUCAUGAGCUGGGACUUCUCUUAUUUUGUAGCUUCCCUCUUUUGCUGUAUUAGUUUGAGUGGUGUAUGAUUGUUCUGCUUUAAUCAAACAUGAUUAGUUUUAAUUCAGCGUGUUGAGAGGAAUCAGAGUUUGUCUGUGAGCGACUCUUCCGUGUUCGGCUGAAGCUGAGAAUGAAACUCGCGCUGUGUUUUCUGCUCGUUUCUGUCACUCGUGUCGCGGCCAAACCGCCGAAUAUCGUGUUUAUUUUGGCGGAUGACUUCGGCUGGAAUGAUGUGGGAUAUCACGGUUCCGAGAUCAGAACUCCUCAUCUGGACCGUCUGUCCGGUCAGGGGGUUCGGCUGGAGAAUUACUACGUCCAGCCGCUGUGCACUCCAUCCCGAAACCAGCUGAUGACCGGCCGCUACCAGAUUCACACGGGUCUGCAGCAUCAGAUCAUCUGGCCGUGUCAGCCGUACUGUGUUCCUCUGGACGAGAAGCUUCUGCCGGAGCUCAUGCGGGACGCCAGCUACGACACGCACAUGGUGGGCAAGUGGCAUCUGGGCAUGUUCCGGAAGGACUGUCUGCCCACCCGCCGAGGCUUCCAGACCUUCUUCGGUUACCUCACGGGUUCAGAGAAAUAUUUCACUCAUCACAGAUGUAGUUUCAUCGCUCCUCUGAACGUGACGCGCUGCGCUCUGGACCUGCGGGACGGGGAGGACGUGGCCAGCAAUUACACGGGUCAGUACUCGACAGAACUCUUCGCUCAGAGAGCCACGGACAUCAUCACACGCCACCCACCUGAGAAGCCGUUGUUCCUCUAUGUGGCGCUGCAGGCGGUUCACGCCCCCCUGGAGGUUCCCAAGCGCUAUGUCGCCCCCUACAGCUUCAUCAAGAACGAUCGGCGGCGCGAGUACGCGGGGAUGGUGUCGGCGAUGGAUGAAGCCGUAGGGAACAUCAGCCGAGCUCUUCAGGACGCUGGACUGUGGAACAACACCGUUCUCAUUUUCUCAACAGAUAACGGUGGUCAGACCCUGGCAGGAGGAAAUAACUGGCCUCUGCGUGGCAGGAAGUGGACGCUCUGGGAGGGAGGAGUCAGGGGCGUGGCCUUCGUGACCGGACCGCUGAUCGAGCAGCCAGGAACUGUCAGUCGAGGGCUCAUCCAUGUCUCUGAUUGGCUGCCUACGAUUGUGGGUCUGGCUGGGGCGUCGACCAACGGCACCAAACCUCUGGACGGCUUCAAUGUGUGGGACACUAUCAGUCGUGGUCAAGCGUCUCCUCGUGUCGAGCUUCUGCAUAACAUCGACCCGCUGUAUGUGGACGACUCGCCCUGUCCAGGUGAUGAGGUGUCGGGCGAGUUCCUGCAGGACUCUCUUCACUCCUCAGCGUCUCGGCCGGUCGCUCUCGGCUCUCGUUCAGAGUUUAAUAUCUCGGUUCACGCCGCCAUUCGCUACAAGAACUGGAAGCUUCUGACGGGUUACCCAGGUUGUCCUCUCUGGAUCGCGCCCCCUGGUGGCCGUCCGGUGAAGGCGCCUGAGCCGCUGAAGCAGGUGAUGCUGUUUAACAUCGAGGAGGAUCCCCAGGAGCGCGUGGAGGUUUCCCAUCAGCGCCCGGAGGUUGUGGCCUUCCUGCUCCGACGCCUGCAGCAGUACCAGAACCAGGCCAAACCCAUCAUCUUCCCCCCCGAUGACCCGCGCUGUGACCCCGAAGCCACGGGAGCCUGGGGACCCUGGAAUGAUGAGGAUGAUGAAGGCUAGUACUGCAAACAGAGCUGCUGAAGAGCGUCUGUGACGCUUAUGAACAGUCAUGAAGUUUAGCUGGACAUCUUCAGUGUUUAUACACAUAAAUGCACUCGUGUGUGUGUGUGUGUGUGUGAUUACAGCUCUCACCUUUAAAUCAUAUCAGUCUUCUGAACAUGAAUCAUUUUUCACCACGAUCAGCAUCAAAUGUGAUUGCAGCGUGUGUGUGUGUGUGUGUGUGUGUGUGUGUGUGUUUGGGCUCAUGUGAGUUUGUGACAGGAUGUUAAUUUAUUCUGUUUGGUGGCAUAUAAAGUAAGAAAGCUUGUUUCCACCAUGGAAUAAAAAAAGGAAAUUUCGUCUUUUUUCUUGCUAUUCUAAGUUUAUAUCUCGCAAUUCUGAUUUUUUUUCACAAUUCUGAGUUUAUAUCUCGCAAUUGUGAUUUUUUUUUUUUUUUCCUGCAAUUCUAAGUUUAUAUCUCGCAAUUCUGAAUUUAUAUCGUAAUUCUGACGUUUUUUCACAGUUCUGAGUUUAUAUCGUACAAUUCUGACUUUUUUGCACUUCUAGCUUUUUUCUCGCAAUUCUGAUUUUUUUGCAAUUUUUAAGUUUUUAUCUUGCAAUUCUUAUUUUAUUUUUUUUUAAUUCUGAGUUUAUAAUAUCGUAAUUGUGAUGUUUUUUCACAAUUCGAAGUUUAUCUCGUACAAUUCUGACUUUUUUUGCAAUUCUCGCUUUUUUCUCGCAAUUCUAAGUUUAUAUCUUGCAAUUCUGAAUUUAUUUUGUAAUUCUGACUUUUUUUCACAAUUCUGAGUUUACAUCUCGCAAUUCUGACUUUUUUUUUUUUUUUUGCAAUUCUUGCUUUUUUCUCGCAAUUCAGAUUUUCCCCCCCUUGCAAUUCUGAUAUAAAUUCAGAUUUGCAAGAAAAACGUCAGAAUUUCGAGAUGAACAGUCACAGUUACCUUUACCUUGUUUAUUCUGUGGCAGAAACAAGCUUUUAAGUGUUUAAAGGAGUAGUUCACCCAAAAAUAUAAAAUCUGUCAGUAUUUGUUCUGAACGAAAGCCAAGUUUGCAGAAUCAUUAUUCAGCUCUUUUCCAUCAUCAAAGCAUCGUAAGAGUCGUUCAUAUGACUCGUGAGUCUUCUGAAGCCUGAUUCUGUGAGUGAACACUGAUGAUCUUCUCCACUGAAGCUGGUGUUUCCCAUCAUGCAUUGGUUCUUGUGUGUUUUAACAGUUGAGCUCUGGAUGAGAAACACUGAGAGGAAUGAGGCUCAUUCUCACACAUCAUAUGCUGUCAAUUAACUCUAUUAAAAUUAUAUGAAAAAUCUAUUUUUUUUUUUUUUUU